UUCCACCAACUGCCGUUAUCCUUCGAGGAGGAGGAAACGCCGCCGUCCCGCUUAUGUCCGAGCCUGCAACAGGAUCCCAAAAAUCCUCUCGCGCUUCAGCGGGAGUGUUGUCGUGAGUACCGUGUCGUCGGCUACCGACUGGAUUGGACUACUUCGAAAGAACUCCACUUUCCUCCAAGUGUCCGGUGCGGCCCGUCUGCUCGGAGUAGCGAUGCCGUAAACAAGCGCAGGGGCGUCAACUGAUGGAACUUGCAUCGUCCACUUAGGAGGAACCGCCUCCCAGAACCAUGCCAUUCGCUCAAGGAGCCGAGCUGUUCUUGGGUCGUCAGGUGCCGGCGGCCAACGGCACCCGGCAAGCCGUUAUGCCGCGGCCCUACCUCCAAAACAAGUCCAGGAGCCUGCCCUCGCGGCAGCCCUUAGAGCCGAGGGCUUUGUUCGCCUUCCUACGUCGUGAGGAGUCCGAAGCCAGGCGCAAGAACGGCCACGAUAGCUCCGUCGACGAGAGCUCCCUCAGUUCGGACACGUCUUGCUCAUCCCUCGAGUACCAUCGCCCUCAAAGCGCUGGCGUUGAAUUGCCCAGGACGUCCCUACGGUCAAGUCCAGUUAGAUCUGACGAGGCUAGAAGACCCGGAGCCUUUCCUCCUUCCAAGGGUUCGACGGAAAGCCUGUCGCGUCGUGAGCGACUUCAGGCGGCUAAGGCCAGGGUAGAGGCUCAACGGAGUAAGUACGGCGGAAGUUCUUCGGAAGAAGACGAGGACGACGGGAACAAGCCGACGGACGUCAACAAGAACCGGAAAAGGUCCAGAGACGUUCCUGUGUUCACUCGUCUUGGUCCGGUCUGGCAAGAAAGCAAGGCUUACCAAGAUCCUACCAUGGUACGGCGAGGCAGUCCAGGGGUGCCCCUGAGCGUGAGUACCACGUUCCAGGGACCUACGGGCCCCGUUCAGCCGUCUCCUCAAGACUCCGGUGUGAGCUCCCAGUCGGUGGCGUCCAGCCCCAGUCUGGGCAGGGCCCCAACGCCACCUCCCAGGAGGUGCCAGUCUAGAGCACUGCUCAGGGAAAGUCCCCUCCUGGCGCCCAAGCCAAGAAGACACUCCGCCUCUUUCGAAUUGUGUAGACUGGACGACUCCGGUUUCGGAUCCGAACGGAGGGAGAGCUUCUACAACUACGGGGGUGUGCCUCCCGCGCACGAUAUCAAGUCUCGGGCACGUGGUCCUGCUUAUUAUUCGUACACGGACCAGGCUCCCGUGCACCAGGACUCGUCGGGGGCCUACAUGAGCGACCCCCAGAGGCCGGACGGCAGGUUCGUGGGGCUGGCACCCAGACAUCGGAGGGCUUCCAUAUCAGCGGAGGUCCUCGACCUCGCGCCCAAGUCGGACAUGCCGCCACGGAGGCCCCGUCCCCUGUCGAUGGUCAUGGAGAAGACGAGAGACGUCCCGCCACCGGUGCCCCGACACAAGCCGCAGAUGGGUGGAACCACGAACAGCCUGGAAGUUGCCAGGCGUCGUCUGGACGACGUCAUGCAGCGAGAGAGGGAGCGACGUUCCUCUGCCAACUUGGAAACGGCCCUGAACGAACUAGAGGAGAUCUACCAGAGUCUCCGACUCAACGAAGACGAAGACCUCCUCUUCAGGGCCGAACGACGGGACCUGCCGACCAAGUUUCAGCUGAGUCGUCCCGAUUCGAACACUACCUUCGUCGAGCCGACAUACCCGCUCAAACGGAGCUGCAGCGACGACAUAUCCGCCAUGUCUGGUCACCAGCCCCGACAGAGAGCACCCUCGUUUCGCCGGUCCGCCGUUCCCGACAAGCUGACAGACGACCUGGCGUACCGUCGUCUCGUUCAGCAACCUCAGCCACCCCAGCGAAACGGCGCACGCACACCCACCCCUCGCAAGGACGCCAGCUACCUUCUCUACUCCCCAGCGUUUACACCUAGUCUUCAAGUGGAUCCGGCUCUCCUCGACUUCACGCUGUCCAAGGAACCCGACAUAGAAAAGGACGACAUGUCCUACAGAAACUACACCCAAGCCGAUGCGAUCCGCGUGCCGGCUCCACAGCCGCCGUUUGGCAUCCCGUUGCUACCAACUCAGGGUACAUCGUGCGACUACUUGAGGGCCAGGCCCAGUGACACACAGAGACCUCUUACCAGGCCCAAGGUGCAUCCGGACCUGGUUAGGGACGACAUGGCCUUCCGGAACUUGCGCAAGGAUCCCGCCGUGUCGCUCGCCUCAAGACGGCCCACGCUGUUUGUAAACAUCAAUUCGGACCCGUCCGAGAAGCGGGACAAGUCUCAAAGUAUGACGAGCGUCAUGGAAGCCCUGCACAGGGAGUCGCAGCGCUGGAAGCGGCUCGACGAAAGUGUUCAGAGUCCUCAGUCUGGACCGUCUUCGGCUACCAGCCUGAGGUCUUCCGGCCCGAACUGGGGACUGGCAAGGCAGCGUGGCAGGAUCGUGCCCAUGGAAGACUCACAUCUGGACUCGCUGCUAGCGUCUUUGACGCCGCCGCCGGUUGGUCCAGGUGAGCGGCUGCGGGCGGGGGUUCGAGUCCCGGCAUGACUUCUCGCCUGCGGGCCUUCCUAACGCUCGAGUUGCUUGAAGACGCCCCCUAACCAUGACCUCCGGCUACACAACUGCCCCUGAGUGUGCUCGUGUAGUGCGUGACCCUACCGUGCUGUGCUGUGCGGGUGUGAGUGCGCGUGCAUAGUGCCUUCUUAACUGCCCACUGACAAGCAUUGACUUUCUGACCGUGCGUGCUGUGAGCUGGUUGGGUUCGAACUAGAUAUGUGUGUGUGUCUGUGUACGCUGUUUGUCGUUUCAUUUGUGUGCGCUUCAACUGGGAUUCUUAUUUCUUUUCUUAUAUAACGAAGGACAAAGAAAGAAAGAAAAAACAGCCGUUUCGGUUUGUGUCUUUUCUGUUGAGAGUUUGAUUUUCUUUUCGAUCUUCAGAAACUAUUUUAUUCUUCAAUGUCUGUCGUUUCUUGCAGUUUUUUUUUAUUUUAUUUUAUUUUAUUUGAGGAUAGAUUAUUCCCGUGUAAGCUGUUCAAACAACCGAAGUGCAUAGUCUAUCGUGAAAGAAGCGAGGUCAUCGCAUUUUUUACUUGUGUACACCUGUGUGCAAUAUUAGCAUCGACAGUUAUCUCGUCACAGUUCUACGGAGAUUUACAAUAUAUACAUGCACUGUUUGAGUUUGAAGGCUAAAAUACCAAAGCUAGAAGAAAGUAUUGUUUAUAAAGUUGCGGAAGUACUUCUUUACGGAGACGGUCCUAUGAUGGUCAUAAAAUAUUGAGCACAGAUGGUACGCGAUUUCACAAAGUCUGAUGCUUAUAGUAGGUAUAUGACAUCGCUCCAUCAUAUUUGAACCCCCAUGCAUGGAAACCCCAGUGUCUUCGAAGACAGUUGUACGUUUUCAUCAUCUUGUGCCUCGGGGCUUUAGUGUGAUCACUUUACACCAGCUAGCUUGCGCCCUAACCCUUCUGUCGCUUUAAUACCACUCGUAUAAAUGUAGAAAAGUACAGCCUCUGAGUUGCCUUUGUUAUCCUGGACUGCGGGCGUCACCACAGACGGUAACAACUGUAGUGCUAGUCCUAACACUGGCGAAAGCCGCACUGAAACUUCCAGUGUCCCUCUAACGAAUGGCUACAUUGUGGCGUGCCAAUUAAUUCAGGGGUUUGAUGUACCUGCGACACUGUGAGCCCGACAACUUGACAAUGCGCAUGCAUGUGAUACCGACUUGAAAGUGGUAGAGCUGACUGUCCGACCCGCCCGGUUUGAACCAAACAGAAACAAAAAAAGCAUACCGAUAUCACACUAAGAGAUAAGGAACUGUCUAAAUCGGGACAACAAAACUCUCAUAUGACCAACAGCACAUUUUGUGGGUGUCGGAGCAGGCGCGAAAGUUGGUGAAACUGAUAUGCUGCCAUAUUUGCCGUCUACUACGGGAAGGCGGCCUUCGAUGUUUGUCGUCUCUGUUUAACAAGUGCUGAUUGUUGGGCGAGUUGUAUAUUGUACAUGAGAAAGCAUGAUUGCACUUUAAGACAAUGACAGAGGAAGAACAGACACCACAGAGCGUUAACUUUCAACCGAUUUAAUUCAAGAGCCUCAGCGUAGAUACACACUGCGUCACCGAACCACACCUCAACCAAUCCGUGGCCCCGCCACGGACCGCAAGUAUACACUAACUCUUUCUCCGCCAGGUCAAUUGAACACACAGUGUGGCUUCAAUUGACUUGGCGGGGCACAGAUUGUUUGAGAUGUGGUGCGGUGACGUGGUGUGUAUCUACGCUGAGGCUCUUGAAUUAAAUCAGUUGAAAGUUAACGCUUUGUGAUGUCUGUUCUUCCUCUGUCCUUGUCUUAAAGCGCAAUCAUGUUUUUUCACGUCUCUGUUUGGACAACUCCUUUACUGCGUGCCGCCGUGCCUCACACAUUCAUGUUUUCUGUGAUAACAAACCUAUCGCCGUGUUCACCAAAGCUUGCUACGAAUAGGUGAAAAAAUGAAAGCCGUUUACAAAUCCCUGUAACGCCGAAUUGGAGCGCAGCUCUUGAGGAGGAGUAGGGAAGGGUACUGAGGGGGGUCACGUCACCUGCGGGUAGUCACGUGACCUCGGGGGGGGGGGGGGGGGGGGGGUCACGUGACCUCGGGGGGUCACCUGAUCUCGGGGGACGUCACGUGACCUCGGGGGGGUCACGUGACCCCCCCCCCCCCCCCGGUUACGCCGACGCCGACGGCGACGCCGCUCAGGCUAGAAACGGGCCCCUAAGAGCUGCGCUCUAAAAGUAAUUCUAUAGCAUUCGUUCUCGGUUAGAGUUACUGGACGUUCCCAGAGUGCAGACAAAUCCAAGCUCCGGUUCAGAACCGCUAUACCAGGCGCCACAAGUGAGGGCUUUCUUAAAGCGCCGGCGUGGCGCGAACCGUUGCCCGAUUCAAAUGAUUUAUGUGAAUGCAUCCAUCCAUUCACUCGUAAGAAUGAGGUCUCUGUGCAAGCGAAAUCAUUCGGGGAAGCAAAGAGAGGGCCCUCGUGGACUGGAGUAAGAACUGCUUAAUGUAGAAAGGCCUAAUAAACAUGAAGAUGAAGGAAAUCAAUCAACCAGCAAGUUCGAUUGGCUAUCCAGUUCCGGCGGAUGAUAUGAAAGGCGCUUCUGGAACAUUCAGUUACUCUUAUCCUUGGUUACGAACCGCCAGCGCAGACGUGAAAGGCGAUGGCCCGUGCCGUUCGAGUUGGUCAUAUAUUGUGGCGAGAAAAACGCCGUAUUUAGGCUUUUAUUUUGACCGGAUUUAUUCUGCGGAGUCUAUGCAAGAACCGCUUGACGGGAUUUGCAAUAUUUGUGUGUCGAGAGUGGGUCUUUACAAUAUACAAAUAAAAUAUUGAUACUGCGUGUCUUUUGUGCAAAA